AAACAAUCCGUCAAACAACGCUUUUGUUGAUAGAAUUUUUUGGUUUGGACUUGUCUUCUUGUUGUCUGUCUAUCAAAUUUGCCUCAUCAAGAUCUUCGAACAAACAUCAAACUACACUGUCACAAGUUGGAAUCAUUGAUUUCCUCCGACACACGAAGCUCGUACAGGCAUCCUGUGACCACGAAGUUGGUUCUUCAAAAAUUUAGACCCUCUGGUUCGACAAGCUUUCACCGUUGCGAUACAACGGUCGUUCGUCGUUUCAGUUGAUUCACUCUGGAGCGGUUGUCUGUCAAUUCGUCUUUUGGUUAAACAAGACCUGAUUCUCUGCGCGCAAAACAUCAAUUCGACCUCUGCAGACAUCCAUUGUUAACGCCGCUCUCAACUGUAUUGGUCGGAAUUUCGACCAGUGGCCCAGCAGCAAACGAUCUGGAACCCCUCACCGCCGAUCGAUUUCUGCCGCUUUUCCAUCCUCAUCCUCGCAACCGCCGCCUGAAUCCACCCCGCCCACACUCUUUUGCGCCUGAUCUUAACGUGCGCCGUACAGCAAGCAAGCACUCUGCUAGAUACAACUUUGGUACCCUCCUCGGUCAGCAACCACAAGGCACCAUCGUUCAUUUCUUGUUCUGCGACUCCGCACCAGCUUCACAAGCAGGCAUUUCCCCCGUCUCACUGCUUUCGUGACCAGCCGACCUUUCCCUUCCGCUGUCACGCCCUCGUCAUCUUUUGGUGGCGUACUCACUUAAUUUUACGACCCCUCACUCUAGUUACGCCUGUCGCGCAAGUCCAAUUCUUCCUCGCCACGACCCUCGUACCAAAACACUUGCCGUUGUGUUUUUUUUCUUCUACUGCGGCUACGACCUCGUCCUCCGUUUCCCCCAUAGUUGGCUCUAUUACUUUGGGGGUUGCUAGGCAUUGUUUCUACCCUGUCAGCUGAGCAUUCCUUGUGCUUGUUGCCUAUCUUCUUCCUUUCCAACCUGCGUUCAGCGCCUUUACUCCGGCUUUCUCCUGUGGAUUGUCGUGGGUAGAGGGCAUCCCACCAAGUAUUUGCUAUGUGAGUCCCCUCCCUCCAUUACCAUCCUACCCAUAUCUUUCAGCGCUUGCGUUCCUCCCCUCCCUCCCCCUUCUUGUCUCUCUCAUAUCCACCUUGCUAGUUGUCUCAACUGCGCCCCCCUCUAGCUUUGUUUACUUGUCUCUCCUACACUUGCGCUUCAUCUGUUGCGCAUUACUCUCUUGACCAUACAGCUCACACUCUCAUCUUGCCAGGCUCAAACAACGCCCUUCUUCCAGAGCCCCUACCUCAGGCACUCGUCCUACUGAGACGUCCGCCUCUGGGACAACAUCUUACAGCGACGAUUCUUCGCAGGAGGCCAGCCAGGACUACACCGACUCUGAAGAGGACCUUUACGACGACGAAUACGACGACGACGACGCUCUUGGCCCGUCUGACUCUGCCUCAACUAGCGACCACGAUCAACAUUAUCGUCAUCACCUCUCUCAGCGCCAGCAUCAGCUCCCUCCUCACCAGCUUCCGCCUCAACCUCAAUAUCCACCACACCAUCAGCAGCUUGCUCAUCACCAGCAAUUACCUGGUCGCCAACCGCCACCUCAUCAAUUGCAACCCCGUCAACAAGGUCCUCCCCAGGAUCUUUACCAACCUGAAGAGGAACCCAGACAGUCUUAUCGUCGACCACGGCGCGAUCGUGCAGCGCCACCCACCGCCAAUCUGGAAGAUCCUCGUGGGUAUGGCGCCUAUGGCCGUAGCGCAUAUGGGCAUCCUCAGCCCGGCGGGCGCCCUGGCCCCGGUCAAAUGUAUGGCAGAGGCCAGCAACCAGGAUAUCAAAACCAAAUGGGGCCCUAUAUGGGAUAUCCUGGAAACAGCCAGAUGGUGCCAUUUGGCUACGGUGACCCUGCCAGCCCUUACGGUGCUGGGUAUGGAGGAGAAGGUAGAGGCAUGUAUGAUCUAAUGCCUUACCAACAACCUCCAAGUGGUUACUAUGGCGCCGUACAGCCUCAUCCUCUCUACGGGCCACCCCACAUGGCUGGAAUACCACCUGGGCAACUCACUACACCACCGCCACCUCCGCCUACUGAGCCUCCUGCCAAGCCAGCCACACCCGCUCCUCCAAAAGAAGAUCCUGAGAAGAUUCGUUUGGAAGCUGAGAUUGCUGCUUUCAAAGCUAUGGAGGAGAAGGUCAAGGCUGCCGAAAAGCAAAAGGAGGCUGAGGCGCAAAUCCGAAGAGAAGCUGAGGAAGCCUUCACCCGAAGAAUGGAGGACAUGAGAAUUGCCCAAGAGGAAGCCAAGAAAGAGAUCGAAAGGGCCAGGAUCGAGGCAGAAAAGGCUGCCCGAGAGAGAAUGGAAGCCGAACGAAAGGCUGAAGAGAAACGCGCCCAGGAGCACGCUCGCGCUAUGGCAGAAGCCGAGGAGAAAGCUCGUCUCAGAUUCGAAGCAGAGAUGAAGGCCGCUGAAGAUCGAAGAAAGGCAGAGGCAGAGGCUCGCAUUCAAGCUGAAGAAGAAGCCAGAAAGAAGUUCGAGGCUGCAGCGAAAGCAGCUGAAGAACAACGACAAGCUGAGGCUGCAGCGCGCGCACAAGCCGAAAGGGAGGCCCGAGAAAAGUACGAGGCCGAGAUGAAGGCAGCCGCCGAACAGCGCAAAGCAGAGGCCGAAGCCAAGGCCAAGGCCGAAGAAGAGGCCCGUCUGAAGCUCGAGGCUGAAUUGAAGGCAGCGGAGGAGCGUGGUAAGAGAGAGGCUGAAGAGAGGGCCAGGGCCGAAAGAGAAGCUCGAAUGAAAUUUGAGGCUGAAUUAAGGGCUGCUGAGGACAAGAGGCUGAAGGAGGAGGAAGAGCGAAAGCGUGCUGAGGAACUUGCUCGGGUUCGCUUUGAGAAAGCACUACAAGAGGAGGCUGAGGCAAAGGCCGCAGCCGCGAAGAAGGCCCAGGAGGAAGCCGAGCGCCUCAUGAGACUCGAGCAAGAGGCUAAGGAAGCCGCCGCAAAGAAAGCAGCCGAGGAAGCCGAGAAGCUCAAGAAGCUCGAGGAAGAAACUCGCGCGAAGGCUGAGGCUGAGACCCUCAAGAAGAUCGAGGAGGAAAAGAAGAAGGCAGCGGAUGCCGCCGCAGCUGAGGAAGCCGCUAAGAAUGCCGCCGCAGAACUUAAGAAGAAGAUUGAAGAGGAGACAAAGGUCAAGCUCGAAGAGUCUAAGAAGAAGGCUGAGCAGGCCCCAAUCCGAUUCAAGGAUGCAGUUGGUCGAAAGUUCAGCUUCCCUUUCCACUUGUGUGCCACUUGGCAGGGUAUGGAAGAUCUCAUCAAGCAAGCUUUCAUGCAAGUUGAUGUUCUGGGUCCUCAUGUAAUGGAAGGGCACUAUGAUCUCAUCGGCCCCGACGGCGAGAUCAUCCUGCCAUCCGUUUGGGAGAAGGUGGUUCAGCCUGAUUGGGCUAUCACCAUGACUAUGUGGCCAAUGGAUAAGAUGCCUCCACUGGGACCCAAGAUGCCUGGCGCGCCUGGCAUGCAUGGACACAAGCACGGCGGUCCUAUCCCUGUUCCGCCCCGUCCCAUGGGUCCAGGCAUGCGACCCCCUAUGAUGCCCCCUGGCGGUAUGCCUCCUGGAGGAGUUCGCCCGCCCGCUGGAUGGCCUGUCGGAGGAGGAGUUCGACCUGAUAUGCCAAUGCCACCCAACGUUGUCACAGUCGGCCCUAAUCCUGGCAAGUCCAGCAAGCACAAGAAGGCAUCCAAGGAUCACUCAGUCGUGGCAGGCUUUUUGUUUGGCAAACCUCCAAAGAAGAAGCCUAGCAAGAAAUGAGAUGUUAUACUGAUGAGGAAAUGAUCGUUUGAGAUUGAUUUGAUUUUGCAGUUUUACUUGUCUAUUCGCAGAUACCUUGCCGGCAUCGUUUGCCGGCCUGAUUUCGAAAACAUCUCCUUGGCAGUUUCUUAUGGGAUUUUCUACUAUUGUUUGAGAUGGAAAAACGAGGCAGCGGAAUUUUGAUCAUUUCCCAACUCAUGGUUAGCGUAUUCAUAUCGCAGAGGCGUCAAGAAUUGUCCUAUAUGCAUGUGGAUCGGAGUAUGAUGACAUGGUUGAAACGACGAUAUUGAGGAAUGGGAACACGAUCCAAUGUUGAAGACUUGUAUCGGUCAUCUUGACUCUGCGUGUGCCAGACGAUGAUCAAGUCUAGGUAUUGGCGCAAAGAUGACGCUCUGGCUUUUUUUUAUCUGUCCGUUUGGUUUGGUCUGGUCUUGGUUUUGAUUUGGAUAUGGCGGACGAGCACGUUUGAUAGACACGGCCGUCCUAGACACGCGUCACGUAGAAUGAAUGGAGUAGGAAGAAGAAUAAUUUGUUUUUAAGAUAAGCUUGUUUUUGAUCGACGUGAAUGAGUUGGGUAUGUCCCUUCUAUGGUCCCUUC